GAAUUCAGUAAAUCCAGUGAGUUCAGUGGUCAGGGAAAUAGAUCGAGUAGUGUUCCAGUUGUCUUGUCUUCUCUCAUUCGUGUGCUUGCCCACCAAUCAGGUGACAGAAUAGUUUUCUUCUCUCUACCCCAUCUCGAACUCACGCGUACUAGUCUCAAGGUUAAGCUGAUCAGCCUAUCGCAUCAAGGUCGAAAUCUAGAUUAGACAAGUAGCCUCGGCACCAAAAAGUGGGUAGACAAAUCAAGGUCAUAACAAAGUGGCGACGGAGAUUUUUUUUAUAUUGAUUGAUCCAAAACAAAAUGUCUGUAUCCUUGGACGACCUUAAAACUAUUCUACAAAUUCAGCAAGCGCAAAAUGAUGCAAAUCAAAUGAAGCUUUUAGAUGCACUGAUGCAGAAGCUGUCAUUACAUUCAUCCACAACUUAUCAAUCAGAUAAGUAUGAAUGCAUCACGAAUUCUAUUUGUGAAUUCCAUUAUGAUCCUGAAUCUGGUAUCAUUUUCAAUUCCUGGUUUCAUCGUUGCGAAGACAUAUUCCGUGUGGAAUGCUCAAAUCUUGAUGACGCAGCUAAAGUUCGCCUACUCCUGAGAAGACUCGGAACACGUGAUUACAACAAAUAUGUGAAUUUCAUCCUGCCACGAAAUCCACGAGAUGUAUCUUUCAAAGAGACAGUCCAAAUUUUAUCUGACAUUUUCGGCGAACAAUCUUCAUUAUUUAAUACUCGCUAUCGAUGUUUCCAAAUAUCGAAAUCCCCAGAUGAUGAUUAUCUCACAUAUGCUGGUAAAGUAAAUCGAGAAUGCGAACUGUUCAAAAUAAACGAGAUUUCAGCUGACCAAUUCAAAUGCUUGAUUUUUAUAUGUGGUUUAAAGAAUGCAGAAGAUGCAGAUGUCCGUACCAGGAUGUUAGCACGCAUUGAACAGGAACCGAAUAUGACACUACAAAUGGUCACAACCGAGUGUCAGAGGUUGGUAAAUCUCAAGCAUGAUACCGCGAUGGUGCAACAGAAGGCUAAACCUUCCGAUUUUGGUUCAAUUAAUGCUCUCAGAUCCUCGAAAUUGUCCAAACAGAACACUACAACCACACAACUACCUUCUGUCAAACCCCCAUCACCAUGUUGGUUCUGCGGAGCAUGGCAUUUUGCGAAACUAUGUCCGUUCAAGAAUCACAAAUGCCGCAAAUGUCAUCGCAUUGGUCAUAAAGAAGGUCACUGCUCAUCGAAUAAACGUAAGUCUAAAUGUCGUAGUGGAAAUGCGAAGCAACCACCACAGAGUCAAAUUAAAAGCACGUUCGCAGCCUUCAAAGUUGGUUUUCAAAGUAAGCGGAAGUACGUAAACUUAUUAGUAAAUGAAAAACCCAUACGUCUUCAAUUGGACACUGCUUCUGAUGUUACACUGAUUUCCAAAAACACAUGGCGUAAUCUGGGAUAUCCACGCAUCCGACCAACAGAACAUGUUGCUCGCAAUGCUUCAGGAGAUAUAGUGAAGUUGACAGGAGAAGUCACAUGCAACGUUAAAUUCAUGGAACAUAAGUUCACCGAUGUCUGUUAUCUUACAAAUCGGCACGAUUUAGAUCUAUUAGGAUUAGACUGGAUUGAGAAGGUUGAUACCUUGAAUAAAUUAUUAAAUGAGGUAUGUUCUCAAAAUGCUUCCUUUGAGUCUAUCAAAAUUCCUGAUGAUAUUUCUAAAUCAAAUGCCUCCGAUGUAUCAUGUUCUUUUGAUAUUCAUGAAUUAAAUGCUUCUGAUGAAACAUGUUCUCAUAAUCUUUCUGAAUCAAAUGCUUCUAAUGUGUUCUCUUGAUGAUGUUAAAUCGAAUUCCUCCGAUGAAACAUGUCCUCACAAUGAUUCCCAAUCAAAUGCCUCAGAUAAAGUAUGCUCGCGUAAAACUUCAGAACCUCAUGUAAUUUGUGUCAAUGUUAUGUCCACACCAAAGUCUUCUGUUCCUUUUCAAAUGCCGAAGAUAUCUCCAAAGAAACCUUGGUCGUGUGUACAAAUUAAUUUUGCUGGCCCAUUUCAGGGUACAUAUUUCCUCAUUUGUGUCGAUGCUUACUCAAAAUGGCCGGAGAUUAUCCCUAUGAACCAGGUCACUUCGCAAGACACUAUUAUGGAAUUACGGCAGUUAUUCUCCCGUUUUGGAGUCCCAAAUAUCCUUGUGUCGGAUAAGGGCACUCAGUUUACUUCGUCCAUCUUCUCAGAUUUCUGCAAGAGAUUUGGAGUCAAUCAUGUUCGUUCACCUCCAUAUCAUCCACAAUCGAAUGGUCAAGCCGAAAGGUUUGUGGAUACCUUCAAGAGAGCGCUACUGAAGGCAAAAGGGGAGGGGAAGAUAAAGGAAAUUCUUAAUGAUUUUCUAUUUGUCUACAGAACAACUCCAAACCCGUCAGCACCAAAUCAAAUGUCUCCAGCAGAAAUUAUGUUUGGCAGAAAAGUUAAAACUGCUCUCGAUGCAACAAAACCAGAGCGAAAUCUCAUAGGAACGAGAAACCGAAAGAUGGUAAUCCAAUUUAAUCGCCAUCAUGGGGCGAAAAAUAGAAUCUUCCGAAACAACCAAACAGUAUACGUCCGUGAUUUCAGAUACUCACCUCCACAAUGGACCAGUGGACUCAUACUAAAGAGACGGGGAAAUGUAAUGUAUGUGGUGGAAGUUGAAGGUCAAAAGUGGACACGUCAUGUUAACCACGUACUGGAAAAUUCUGGUACUGCACAGAAAACCGAGAAACUAAGUUCAAUGUGGCAAAUCUUCUUGGACAGUUUCGAUAUUAAAAGUUCAACGACUCACAAAACUGUGCAUCCGGAACAAGAUCCUAUUAGGAGAUCGUUACGAAAACGCAGAAGACCAGAUGUUCUAUAAGUGGACCCAAAGAAAAGAGCAUACGUUUCUGAGGGGAGAUAUCAAUGAUGAUAUCUUAACUAUUACUUGUAAAUAGUGACUAAUCAUUUUUCUUUUUUUUUAUUUAUUCCAGUUGGUCAAAUUAGUCACGCUUACACGGAUCGCAACGUAAACCGUUUUCACUUAUGCACUCAGUUGGAUGGCAGUUAUAACAUUUUUUUGUCAAGGGGGAAGAUGAUGUGAACCGGGAAACAAGAAGCCCUGACAAACUACGAAGGCUAUUUUUCGGAACGUUAUUUCAUUUUAUUCAAAGCUUGUAAAACACUGACAUUUAUUUUUGUCCCUAAUCUAUUCUACAGAACAUAAACUUUCGUUCGAUGUAUCAUUCACUGCCAUACCUUUUUCUGUUCCGAAGCUAUUGUAAUUUAAACAUAUUAUUUUGCACCCUAUUUUCUACUCUAAUCCCCAGCUUUGGACACAAUUGUAUUUUUCCUAAUUAUUGUACGUUGCGGUCGGGUUAUUCACUUAUUUAUUCAUGUACCUUUUUACACUAAUCUGAAUUCAGUAAAUCCAGUGAGUUCAGUGGUCAGGGAAAUAGAUCGAGUAGUGUUCC